AUGACAUCUUCCAAGACACACAAGAGAAAGAAUUCACAUUUAUUUUUACAGCGACAAGAUUCUUCAAUGUCUAUUUCAGAUAUACAUUUACAGAAUAUGAAUACUAACAGUAAUGAGACAUCAGAUGCAAUGAACCAACCGCGAUUAAAUAUGGAUUUAGAAUCUUUGACCAAUGAGUCGGAUCCACCAAGAGACCAAAGUUGGAAUGGCUUUUCAUGGGAUAGAACAGUUCUACAUAAAAAAUUUAAGAAUAAAAAAUGGAGAAAUACUUUGCUUAUGGGUUUCUUUUCGGUUUCUACGCUUUUAUUCAUUGUUCUCUAUAUUUCAAAUAUUUCUGCAGAUACUACCGUAAUUAAACCAGAUAAUGGAAGUACGCAGUUGAAUAAUAAAAGGACUUUUAGCAUCAAUGAUGUAAUGAAUGGCGAUUUUAUACAGGGUGAAACUUCAUUCAGGUUCAUCCGUCCUCCACAUCUACUUAAGACGCAUAGUGAAGAUCCUGGUUUGUAUUUCACCGUCGAAAUAUUAAAUGAUCAACGUACAAUUGUAGCAAAACAUUUAUAUGAUGAUUUCUAUAGACCAAUUACACCAACUACUUUUACAUAUAAUGACAAAGAAUAUUUAGUAGAGAGUAUAGAAAUUGAUUACUCCUUAAAGAGUGCCAUUAUUGGUACUAAUAUCGAGAAACAAUUCAGACAUUCUUCAAUUGGUAAUUAUUUCCUAAAAGACAUAGAAACAGGAGCAGUUAAACCUCUUUCAUUAGGCGACAGUGACCAAGUUUCAAAUACAGAAAACAAUUUACUGAAAUUUUCAUAUGUACAUUAUUCUCCUAGUUAUAACUACAUCUAUGUUGUGCUUAAUAACGAUCUAUACAUCCAAGGUACCAGAAGUUCGAAAUUAAACAGAGUCACCUUUGAUGGUUCAGUAGACAUCAUGAAUGCAAAGCCAGACUGGGUUUAUGAAGAGGAAGUGUUAGGAUCAGAAAAAGCUAUUUGGUGGGCAGAAGAUGAUUCAAAAUUUGUUUAUGCAAGAUUUAAUGAUACCUUGACACCUAGUUACGAUUUCCCAUUAUAUACACCAAAUGGUCAAUAUUCAACUAUGAAUAGUAUUAAAUAUCCGAAACCUGGUAAAAAUAAUGCCAAAGUUGAUUUAUUCAUGUUCGAUAUAGAAAGCAGUGUAAUAUACGCUGUAAAAAGCGACAAUUCAGAAGAUAAAUUGGCAGAUGGAACAAUCGUUUAUGAUGCAAGCUGGAUUGGUCCCAAAUCAUUCUUAUUCAAAACUACAGAUCGUACAUCAAAGCGCUUAAAAGUAAAUGUAUAUACUGUUGGAGAGCCUCGGUUAAAGGUUCCUAGAUCAGUCAAUGCUGAUACUUUUAAUGGUUGGAUAGAGAAAACUAAAGAUAUACUAGUCAUACCUCCAAAUGAGAGUGUUGGAAGAAAAGAUUAUGGUUACGUCGAUGUUCAAGCAAGCGCCGAUGGUUAUAACCAUUUAUUUUAUUUUUCCAGCGCAAACGAAGUAGAAGGAAAACAGUUGACCAGUGGUAACUGGGAAAUAACUGGCGAUAAUUUAGCUUUCGAGUUUGAAACGAAUAAAAUAUUUUUUACUUCCAAUAAGGCACAUCCGAUGACUCAACAAUUGUAUGCCAUUGAGUUGAGUGCAGGCGAAUCUGGUGAAAUGAUAACUCUACAAGAUCCAAACAAGAAUCUUGAUUACUACUCGUUUGAUCUAAGUUCGAGUUGUAGGUAUGCUAUAUCCAGAUACCUAGGACCAGAUAUCCCGUAUACAAGGGUUGGAGAAUUGGCAGACGUUUUGUCACAUACUGGCGAGGUUCAUGAAGAUAAUGUAUUGGGUUUAACUGACAAUUCCAGUUUGAACAAAACCUUGGAAAAAGUAGAUCUUCCUAUCACAAGUUAUAACUCAAUGGUUUUAGAUGAUGGUAUUGAAAUUAAUUAUGUGGAAAUCAGACCUGCAAAAAUGUCUUCUAGAAGAAAGUAUCCACUUUUGGUUAACGUUUAUGGUGGUCCAGGAUCACAAACUUUCACCACAAGGAAUACAAUUCUAUUUGAACAGUCUGUUUCAUCGGGUUUAGAUGCCAUAGUUUUACAAAUAGAACCAAGAGGAACUGGUGGAAAAGGUUGGAGCUUCAGAUCAUGGGCUCGUCGCAAAAUAGGUUACUGGGAGCCUCGAGAUGUUACUGCUGUUACCAAAAAAUUUAUUGAAACACACCAGCAAGAAAUCAAUAUGGAUAAAGUAGCAAUUUGGGGUUGGUCAUAUGGAGGUUUUACAACAUUAAAAACAAUCGAAUACGAUCAAGGAAAUACUUUUAAAUAUGCGAUGGCUGUUGCUCCUGUGACUGAUUGGGUUUAUUAUGAUUCAAUUUACACGGAGAGGUAUAUGGGAUAUCCAACCGAAAAUCUUGAAGGUUACAAUGAAAUUUCAUUAGUAAAGGAUGUAAAGCCAUUUGGAAACAUUAACCGAUUCUUACUAGUGCAUGGUACUGCUGAUGAUAAUGUCCAUAUUCAAAACACAUAUAAUUUUGUAGACAAACUUGAUCUGGAUGAAAUUGACAAUUAUGAUAUGCAAAUAUAUCCAGAUUCAAAUCAUUCGAUAAUGCACCAUAAUGCUUUAAAAAUGGUGUACAAGAGACUUUACGACUGGCUGGAUAAUGCAUUCUCUGAUCAGUUUGAUCAACAAUAG